CUGCUCGCUCUCUCGCUCAACGCUUAUUCCGCGCACUCGCCGAGUUCCGAGUUCCAACAACGACAGGCGGCAGAGCACCCCACCGCACCAACAUAACGCCUUCUCUCUCCUAAUUACUCCAUCCAUCUCUCUUUCACUGGCCACCGUUUUACUCUCGUUCCCCGCCCUCUUCUCAUCAUCCCUCCUCAAACCCUUCGUUCCGAUCGAAUUUAGAGUAAAAGAAAGAAAAAGGCUAAUUUAUUUAAGCACAAGAGCGCAGGAGGAAGAUCGAAAAAGGGUCCAAUGAAGGGCUCGCUGCAGAGCCAGCAGCAGCAGCAGCAGCAGCGGAGAGGAGAGCGCGGUGUCGUUCCUCGUCGGAAGCUCUUCUCCUCCCUCCUCAUUGCCGCCGUCGUCGCCCUCGGCCUUCUCUGCUUCUACUACGGCACCUCCUUCGGCCCUGCCCUCCGCCUCCGCCGCCGCCGCCGCCGCGACUCUGCCAGCUACGACGGGGCCGACCCCGUCUUCCACAGCUUCAUCGGUGACAGCGAAUCCACCACCCCCGCCUUCUCCACUCUCCCUCCUAACCACGUCGUCAAGUCCUUUCCUGUGUGUGAUAUGAGAUUGUCGGAGCUGAUUCCUUGCUUGGAUCGGAACCUUCUCUACCAGCUCAAGCUGAAGCUCAACCUGUCGCUCAUGGAGCAUUACGAGCGCCACUGCCCGGUGCAACCUCGGCGCCACAAUUGCCUCAUCCCUCCUCCCAUUGGGUACCGCAUUCCGAUAAGGUGGCCUGCAAGUCGGGAUGAGGUGUGGAAAGCUAAUAUUCCGCAUACCCAUCUCGCGGCGGAGAAGUCGGACCAGAGAUGGAUGGUUGUUAAUGGAGAUAAGAUCAAUUUCCCCGGCGGCGGAACGCACUUUCACACGGGAGCUGACAAGUAUAUCAUUCACAUCGCGCAGAUGCUCAAGUUUUCGAAUGACAAGCUGAAUAAUGGUGGAAAAAUUCGGACUGUUUUUGAUGUUGGCUGCGGAGUCGCGAGCUUUGGGGCAUACCUUCUUCCUCUUAACAUCAUUGCAAUGUCUCUGGCGCCUAACGACGUUCAUGAGAACCAGAUACAGUUUGCACUUGAGAGAGGAAUUCCUUCAACUCUGGGUGUAUUGGGGACAAGAAGGCUGCUGUAUCCAAGCAGAUCAUUUGAGUUAGUCCACUGCUCUCGUUGUAGGAUUGACUGGCUUCAAAGGGAUGGGAUUCUGCUGAUGGAGUUGGAUAGGGUGUUGAGGCCUGGGGGAUACUUUGUGUACUCUUCUCCAGAGGCUUAUGCUCCUGAUGCAAAGAAUAGAAGGAUAUGGAGUGCGAUGAGUGAUCUUGUUCGGAGGAUGUGCUGGAGGAUAGCUUCUAAGAAGAACCAGACAGUUAUAUGGGUUAAACCUUUGACAAAUGGUUGCUACUUGAGAAGGGAUAUUGGAGUCCUUCCUCCCAUGUGCGACCCUGAUGAUGAUCCUGAUGAAGUUUGGAAUGUAUCCAUGAAGGCGUGCAUAACUCCUUACUCAAAGAGAAUUCAUAGGGCAAAAGGCAGUGAACUGCUUCCAUGGCCGCAAAGGCUUACAGCACCACCCCCUCGCUUAGAAGAGAUAGGAUCCAGUCCUGAGAAGUUCUUUGAAGACCAUGAGAUUUGGCACUAUAGGGUGACACAGUAUUGGAAGCAAAUGGAAUCUGAGAUAGAAAAGGAUUUGUUUAGAAAUGUUAUGGAUAUGAGGGCAAACGUUGGGGGUUUUGCAGCAUCACUCACAAAUAAAGAUGUCUGGGUGAUGAAUGUCGUUCCUGCUGUUGAAUCUGGGAAACUGAAGAUAAUCUAUGACAGAGGUUUAAUAGGAACUGUUCAUGACUGUGGGGGAGAAUAUAGCGUCUCUGGAGUUUAGCUGUUGGACUGACUGCAGCAUCAGUGACUUGUCGAUACAUCUGUAGAGUGUCGGGACGAGUUAGAAGCGUUUUGGCAUGAAAUAGGCGCAAAAACGGACUCAGAGCUGUGCGAGUUGGAGUUCGAACACUAAAAUCUGUAGAAGCAGGAUUUUGAGUGUUGUGUUCCGGUACCUGAGAGGUGUACCGGUACACUAGAGGGAUUACACGAAGGGGAGCUCUCGGGUUUGUGCAUCUUUGUGUUGAGUACCGGUAUCUGUUGGUGAGUACCGAUACCGGGAUCGAGUAACGGUACUGCAUCGGGCCUAUGUUCUUGUAUAAGAAUAUAAACAAUGAGUUUGACCAUGCACAGUUGAUGCAGUGAACUGUUAAAUAGGUUCUCUGAAUGAUUUCUUACUGUUUUCUUUUCUCACGUUCUUUUCAAGCAUACAUUGUGUAAAAACUUAAUGAAGUCUUUCAUUCCCUCCAUAACCAUGCUGCUACUCUAGAAGUUUUCCCAUCAUUCUCAUAUUUACAAGCUUCUCGCCUUAUCAUUGUCUAAUGAAUUUCAAGACUUAAGAGUGAUAAUUCAGUGAUAAUUCCAAGUUUCUGUAUUUUCCGUUUCACACAAUGAAUAGCCUUGCCACCCCUAAUUAACCUUUGAACUGUUCUUUUAUUUGGUGGCAGUCAUUACAUGGUCCGUGCAAACCAAACAACCUAUACCUUUCAACAUGGCGCUGAUCUAUUUCUUGAACUUGUCGAGUUUCCUGAUUUGACUUUUGGUUUCCCUUGAGAUAAAAGUUCUACUAUCUUCCUGGUCCAUCUGAACUUUCGUCUGCUUGUUUUUAUACAAAUGGCUUUUGUUAUAGGACAAAUUCCAAAUUGUGUUUUGUUUUCCUUGUUGGACAGCAGCAAGUGCUUGUUCAAUUAUUUAUAAUUUGCUUAAAUUCAAGUGUGAGUUACUUCGGAUGCUUGUUAAAUUGUUCUUAU